AUGUCGGAUAUGUUGAGUAGCCCCUAUGGGCUGUCCGUUCGUCGAAACGGCUCCUGCCUCGACACCGAGCAGGAUUGUGGUGGAACAUGGUCGCCCUGGCGAGCCUGCUGCCCAGGGGGCACGUUCUGCCCUCCUAACCAAGACAAUGUGAAAUGCUGCCCAUCAGAUGCAGAAUGUACCGAUCUAGUGGAUAACACGCAUUGCGCAAAUGAAACCGCGAAUGUCUACAAGGCCGUGGGGUGGUUCUGUUGCGCGAAUGGCACCUCGGCCUUCCAAAGAAAGAACGGAUGGGUUGGCUGCGCCGAUGACAUUUCCGCUUUGAACAGUGAUAUGACCCUCUUGGCUAUUAAAUAUCAUGCAACUCCCUCCUCAUCCAUCCCAUCAUCGACUGCGUCCGGCGCAAGUAGCGCCAUGGAUGGCACCGGAAAUACUGCCGCCGCCACGAGCGAGGAAAUCAACUCAUCGUCUUCGUCAUCAAAUACCGGAGCCAUUGCUGGCGGAGUCGUUGGGGGAGUAGUUGGUGCAGCCAUUUUGCUUGGUAUACUCUGGUAUCUACUCCGUCGCCGAAAGAAGGCACAGGGUACCUUGGGAACACCUACGGAUCCAAGCCCUCUAAUGUCCACGAUCGGCGGAUCGACUGCUCCUCCCUCGAGCGCCCCUGCCUCGAACGUUGGCGGUCCGAAUGUUGUUGAAUACUACAACAAAAUACCCGUCGGUUCGGAUCCAAGAGUACCGGCCGAGCUGUCCGGUCGACAGGAGAAUACGAUUCAUGAGUUGCCGUCAUCGCAGGUGAAAUAUCGGUGA